AUGGUAUCCCACAUUGACCCAAGCUUUAUAAGGAACGGAUUAAAUGAUGGAGAAUUAAGAUAUAUGGUCAAAAGAGAUGUAGGAGUUUUUGUAAAAACCUUCAAAGAUUCAUUAAUGGUUCUUACAGUUGACGAUAUGCUUCUUUUGUAUGAUUUUGAUGUUUAAAAAGAUGGUAAAAGCUCAUUUGGACCUAAUAAAAAAUUCAAUUUGUAAUUCUUGAAAAUUAAAGAAAGAAGUGAUGUAGGAUAAAUUGAUCUUAUUGAAGAUUAACCUGGUAUAUUUAAUUCUUCUUAAAAAGAGCUUAUUAAAUUUGAAUAAAACGACGAUUUCGAAGAGUUUAAAAUCUUUAUUUUAAGAUAUAUUAAAUAAUGA